AAAUGACUUAACUAUGCAUUGCAGAAACGAAGAAAAAAUAAAAUGGGGGCAAAGGGCUGGUUUAUCCUCAAGUUUCUAAUGUUUCAAGGUCUUUUCAUUUCACCACCCCAACCCCAAGCAGACUUUGAUUUCUUCUACUUAGUUCUUCAGUGGCCAGGCGCCUAUUGCGAUACAAAACGUACUUGUUGCUAUCCAACAUCCGGUAAACCUGCGGCAGAUUUUGGCAUUCACGGUCUUUGGCCUAACUAUAAAGAUGGUUCAUGGCCAUCAAACUGUGAUCCCGACAGUGAGUUUGAUAGAUCUCAGAUAUCGGAUCUGGUAAGUAGAUUGAAAAGGAAUUGGCCAACACUAGCGUGUCCGAGCAAUGACGGAUUCAAGUUUUGGGAAUACGAGUGGGGGAAACACGGCACGUGUUCCGAAUCCGUACUGAGCUUACAUGCCUACUUUGAUACUACUCUUAGACUCAAAGACCAAGCCAAUCUCUUACAAACCCUCACAGACUCCGGAAUUAAACCGGAUGACGGGUUCUAUGAUCUACAGAAGAUCAGCGACGCGAUAAAAGAUGCGAUUGGGUUUACGCCAGGCAUCCAAUGUAAUAAAGAUCCGGAGCGUAACGACCAACUACAUCAAAUCUUUCUUUGUGUUGAUACCUCGGGAGCUAACUUUAUCGAAUGUCCAAUCUUGCCUAGAGGAAGAUGUCCAUCUCAAGUCCAGUUUGCCAUGUUCUAGUCAUACCUUUCUUUCUUUGAGUGUUUCAUUGUUUUGGAAGAUCUUCAUUUUAUCUCAUGUGUUGUUGUUGUUAUCUAUUAUCAUUUCUCUUCUAUUUUCAGAGUCUAAAUUCAAGGAGACUCUCUCAAAUGUUACAUUUGAUGUUACUUCAUCCAGAUUAAUAAAAUACAUUUUGGUAUAACUAA